AUGGCCCGCACCAUGGGGAACCUGCUGUCCGCGGACGUCAGCGAACACGUCACCUUCGUGUACCCGACGACCCAGUUCAUCCCGCCGCUGACGUGUGCUCUCGCUGUGCGGGUUGUGAACCGUAUCCCGAAGUCGACAGAGUGCACGACCUCGACGUGCACCACCGUCCCCGCGCAGUGCGCGAUGACAAUCUCCCCUGCGUGGCCGAUCAAGCUCUCCAAAAUCUCGACGACGCCCGCGAGCGCCGCCGACAACAGCCUCAGUGUGAGCACGCUUGACAACGAAGUUGCGGACAAGGACGACCUCGUAGACUUCCUCAGUCAGACGCUCCCUGACAUCACAAACAGGACCUUUACAGUGCAGUCUCAAGGACCAGAACUGCGACAACUCGGAGGGAGUCUAGGAGAGGCGGCUGAGUGA